CCAUUUUGCAUAGCGGACGUUGUGCCUUGCACUGUACUUCGCUGCGGUACUCCCCAUCUACACCAAUCCUGUGCAUGAAUUGUUGGGAUGAUGGCUGCAGGCAAUCCCCCAGUCAAUCUUCUAUCGCCACAUUCUCACCUCUCCGAUACCUCAUCGUCAUCUUUACCCUACAUACAGACAACCCCUUUCUCAAAAGAGUUUCUCAAAGAGUCAACCGGAGAGGAGGAUAUUAUCCCGUCUAUCCAUACCUCUUGCUCUUUUCCACACUUCCCAUCCUGCAUCUCCUUGAUCUUCCCUCACGUACUCCUCCCCCCUUGUGUCCCGUCUGUACACCCCUGUCUAACUCGGAAGCAGAGUACCGCUUUUUCCUGUUUCUAGCGUGUUGUUGUUCUAUCUCGCAACGUUGCAGACAAACGAAGGCAAACGAGGCACGGAACACCUCCAGCCAGCCAUUCCUGCUCUCACACCUCUCGACUUCCACCAUGGAUGAAGACGUCCUUUCAGACUUCCAUCGAUGCAGUCUCUCUGGAACGGACUCUCUCUUAACCGAUAUCACCGAAUACGAGCCAAUAGAGAGAGGGGAUUCAUGUCCAAAAUGGGCUGGGCUGACCGCAAGGAAUCGGUUUAGUCAGAGCUAUGACAAGAACCAAGAUUGCUACAGCAGCCAGGAGGGAGAGGGAGACGCCGCCUUCAAUGCGAACGAGCUGAUGCCUGUACGUUCCACCAUGCAGGCCCCAACAAGGCCUCCUGAGAGUGCCGCCAACCGACCAUGCCGCGACGUUGAACACCUGGGCGUCAAGCAAACCGUGGAGGUCCUACAAUCCAUUCCAGGCUCACCACAUUUGCAGCGCUCCUUCACAUUCGAUCGCGAACAGCUCGACGAGCCAGGGACGAUCGUGGAAAGAGCGAUUUCUGACAAGGAAAAGAAGAGCAAGAUAUCAACGCUGUUUGCAAGAGCGGCAUCCAAUGGAGAUAUAAGCAGGAUCAUCGAAAUCCUCGACAACUUUCGGGAUUGGGUCGAUAUUAACACACAUGAAGAGGACGGAUCAACCCCAUUGAUCUAUGCAGCAUGCUUUGGACAGACGGCAGUCGUAUUCAUGCUGUUGGAUGCGGGUGCCCAGGUCGAUGCUCGCGACAAGUUUGGAUGGACUGCCCUCGUUUGGGCUACGAACAACAAGCACGAGGACAUUGUUCGUUUGCUGCUCGACCAUGGUGCCUCGCCUUCGGCGCAGACAGUCAAGGGACGUACGGUUGCGGAUUUUUUGAGACAUGAUCCUAAUGACACAACCAAGAUUGCCCAGAUCUUUCGGGAACCGACCACCACUCGCUCCAACUUUGCGAGUAAGAGUCCUUUCAUGCGAGCGAACGCUGCGCUGAUGAAUCAGGAUCAAUUUUACCAAGAGAUCAUGACCGAGGACGAGCGUCAGCAUCGAUUGAACAUGGGUUCCAGCCAAAAUCUGGUCGACGAUAUGACGGAAAACGACAGGUUCCUGUCUGAUCAGGUGCGCAUCGUGCAUGUUGUCUUAACGCGGAUGACGACAACGAGUUCAACUGGGAGCUGUGCCUUCCGGACCAGAUGUUCGUGUUUUCGAGCAGGGACAUCCCGCACAUCAUCGAAACCGUGAUCACCACCAUUGAACCUGCACGAUCAAGAUCAUACAAGCCUAUCCCAGCCU